AUGCUUCGCUUCAUCCUCCUCCUCGCCCUUUGCCUGGGGGUCGCUGGCAAUGUCAUCCAACUCAGCCGCUCGUCCUUUUCUGGGGAGUACGGAGGGGGCGGAGGAAAGAGAUUUUCUCACUCUUUGAACCAGCUGGAUGGGCCCAUCACUGCCUUUCGGAUCCGCGUGAACUGGCUGUUCAUCGUAGGGCUGCAGGUGCGGUACGGGUCAAAGUGGAGCGACUACGUCGGUGGCUCCUUGGGGGACCUGGAGGAGAUUGUCCUGCACCCCGGCGAGUCCAUCGUGCAGGUGUCGGGGAAGUACAAGCUCUACCUGCGCCGGCUGGUCUUCACCACGGACAAGGGCCGCAGCUUCUCCUUCGGCAAGGACACGGGCACCAGCUUCAACGCGGCCCCCCUGCACCCCCGCACCGUCCUGCGCUAUCUGAGCGGCCGCGCCGGGGGCCUUGUCGACGCCCUCGGCUUCCACUGGGACACCUACCCCGUGCACUGCCUGCGCUGCAGCCUGGCGGGGCCUGGCCUGGGCUCAUAG